AUGGCAAAAUUUUCAAAGUUGUCUAUGUUCUUAGUAGUAUUGGCUGUGGUGGCUUGUAGUGCUGAACCACCACGUUAUAGGUCACUAAAGUUACAGCAAGGUCGUCGCCGCGUUUUAGCGCGUCAAGAAAUAGCACCAACACCUUACCCAUCAGCUGAUGAGUUGAAGCCAGAAGUGCCAUUCGUCGAGGAAGUUGCAGCGCAGCCAGAUGUAGUUUAUGGACCACCCGAUCAAACAUAUGGACCACCGCAAGUGGGACCAUCUGUCGAGCAGUUACCAUCCGAUGAAGCACCACAACAGUUUGCACCAAAUCCAGAUGCAGAAGAAUUUUUACCAGCACAGCAGGCACCCAUAGAUCCUGCACGUUUCACCAAACGCAACAAGGGACGUCUUGUUAAUAAACAGACUGCACCUUUGCGUUCCUCAGCUAAAUUACAAAAACCUGUUGCUGUGAAAUCGCAGCGACUAGUCUCCGUUAAUGCGCCAAUUGCAGCUGCUGCACCUGCACCAAUUGGGGUUGCUUUACCACUCCAAGGACAACAAUACUUUGUAGUGAACAAUCCAUUUGCGUACACAGCACAAUUCCAAUCCUGGUAGUUAAUAUUAUAUAAGA